AUGAACGAAAAUGGUGUUCUGGGGAAUCUGAAUUUCAUACAUAUACACCACAGUGUUGCCAGCUUCAUCUUCUAUCACCGUCGUCGACCUGUCCUGAACAUCUCUAGCAUAAUACACGACAAUAUGCGGCUCUUAAACUCGAUCUUUCUGGUAGCCUAUGUUUUACAACUAGCUUACGCUAUGGCGGGUGGGGGUGGAGUUCGGAUGUUCAAAUGUGAUGGUGAAGUUUCAUUCAAGGAGACUAAAAUCAUGGAGGCCCUCAAGAGAAUUCUUGCAUCGCACGGAAAACUUAUUCGACUCAGCAAAAACGAUCCUAGUUCAAAACGAUUCGUAUAUCAGGACCUUGUAUUGGUAAAUCUGUACAGCGGCAGAAUGUCUUCGAGAAGCCCACUCACAGAACUUUCGUUCAAAACUAUGGUAAAACCGGUUGAAUUGCUUAGAAAUCUACGAAGUACUUACUGGGUAAUUGCAAGUUGCGAAAAUGAUGAAUGCAAACUUUCUGGUAUUGCUCGAAAGAGUAAUACUUCCCUGAAAUAUACGGAAUGCGAGGAGGUGCAAAAGGAAUCUGCUCCUCAAUCUUGA